AUGCCGAAGCCCAAAAGAACAGAUUUUUCUGCUCUUGGUACCCAAAACAUCGAGAAGCAUCUAUACAAGGAGCAUAGACUCGUUGACGAGUCUGGUAAAAGACAGCCCGCACUCGUAAAACGGCCAAAGGAAAAGACACCAUCCUUGAAUAUUGUCCAAAUGCUGAAUCUCGACACCGACAACCCAAAAAAGCAAGCAAUCGCCAACGCCCUCAUCCAGCGCUUCGACAAGGAUCGUUUCCAGCGACUGCUUCUCGAAUGGGUGGUCGAUGCCAACAUCUCCUUUCGCCAGCCCGAGCACUGGCGCCUCCGACGUGUAUUUGAGUACCUCAAUCCAUCAGUUGCAGCAACGAAUGCUCACAUUUCCCACAACACCGUUCGAAGGCGUAUAACGGAUCUCCAUCUCCGAUAUAAAUCGCAGAUAAUCAACCACCUCCGGACAGUACCAGGUCAAAUCAAUAUUGCGUUCGAUGGCUGGCGGUCUAGAAACCGGCACGCCCUGUACGGCAUUGUCUGCUUCUACAUUGACAGUAGCGGGGCGCCUUCCAAGCUUGUUCUUGGUCUGCCAGAACUAAAGAUAUCUCACUCCGGGGAGAACAUCGCCGCGCAAAUCAUGGAGAUCCUGGAGAGUUACGAGAUUCUUGAGAAGGCUCUCUUGUUUGGGCACAAGUCCGAGGCUUUCGAAGCCGAGGUCGAUGGGGAGCCCGGUGUUGAUGCUGCACAACACGAGGUCUGGCGAAAAAAGGCCCCCAUUGGGAAGCUGCACAACUUAGUUCACUGGAUCCAUCGGUCCGACAAGCUGACGUAUCGGCUUCGUGCUCUCCAAGAAGAAUUCUUGGAACGGUCGGACAGCCCUCGCGCUCGGGCACGGAAGCCGUUGGACGUUGUUUGCGACAACCAGACCCGCUGGCUGUCGACCUUCUACAUGAUUCGGCGGGCCCUCAAGUUGCGCCCUUUCCUCGAAGAUCUCGUUGAGAAGACCACGAUCGAGUGCAACAGGGAACGGCGGAACGGCACGAGGAGGAAGGAGGAAUUGGCAUUGUGCCUCCGUGAGGAGAGCCUUCUGAGCGAGAAAGACUGGACGGUUAUCGACCUGAUGGAGAAGGUGCUUAUCGACUUCGAGGAAGCACUGCGAAUGCUCGAGGGCGACGGUCAAAGACGGCUACGCAAAGGAGGACGUGCCGAGUCGUACGGCAAUAUGUGGGAUGUCGCCUCAACCUACGAAUUCUUGAUGGAUAGGUUAGAGGAGUGGAAGUCAACCGCGGAGAGCUACCCUGACCCGGAGCACUUCAAGAUAAACAUCAACCUCGGUUGGGACAAAUUGAAUGAGUACUACACGAAGUUGGACGAGUCGCCGGCGUACUAUGCAUCGGCGGUGCUACACCCAGUCUCCCGUUGGGGCUACUUUGAGAAUACAUGGACCGAUCAAAACCAGCUGCCAUGGCUCCAUAAGGCCAAACAGUUGGUCAGGAGGCUGUGGGAGGAAGAGUACAAGUCAUUGCCGACACAGUCGGUACCGGGCGAAGAACCUCCUUUGAAGCCUUUCAAGGUGAUGAGUGCUCUCGAGCGACACCGAGCCUACAGGACUUCGACUCUGCCAGGCAGAACCUGCUCUGCUCAGGGCUCAAUGAACGCGGGACACGACGAGUAUGACCACUGGCUGUCACAUCCCGACGCCAAGAACGACGCUAUGGUGACGGACCCUUUGCAAUAUUGGUGGGAGAAGAGGAACGAAUACCCACGAUUGUCGCGAAUGGCUCUUGACAUUCUCUCAGUCCCGCCAAUGUCUGCAGAGUGUGAACGCCUGUUUAGCGUUAGUGGGCAGAUGGUGUCGCCGCUGCGCACCCGAUUGGAAGCCAGCACCAUAGGGAUCACGCAGACAUUGAGAUCUUGGGUUCGGAGAGGGCUGAUUGAGGCAGCGGACUCGUUAAUUGAUGUGUCUGGAGAGGUUGAGAGCAUCAUAAUGGGGGAGGAGGAUGAUAGCAUGGUGGGGCUCGUGACAGGGGUUGGGUAG